CCGACUAAAUCGAUUGCUUACGGAGAAACGAGCUUUGGCCAGCGUCGCUGGAGGUGCAAGCACGACUGAAUUUCGGAAUAGCCGCUUCGGAACGCACGUCGCGCAACCUCAACUAUUACUGCAUGCAGCAAUGAGAACAAGAGCCAGUGCAAUUGCAGUCGAUCAGAGUGGAUCAAAGAAUGCCGAAAAUCGAAAGGACCAAAGCAGCCUGGGUUUUCCCACAUUCUCGGGGUCUAUACAAGAUCUUAAGGAUGGAACGGCAACUUUCUUACACAAAUUCGCUCAAAUGGACACAGUCAAAGAAGUUGGAAUAUGCUUGAUACGAGUACCCGGUGCAGAGCUAGAAAUUCUGGAGUUUCGAAAAGCUAUACUGAAGGAUGGGGUGAUGGCUAUCUUCGAGAUAGAACAAAAUGCGCUCGGGUCUAUCAAAAUCACUAACAAGAUUGGAGCGCUGAGAUCAGCCGGCCAAAAGAACCGCAGGCUAGCAAAGGACUUCCAAACGGAUAAUCAGGAACAACAUUGGAGCGACUCCGAACUGAAAAAUCUGUUCAAUGACUUUGGUACAUCGACCGAGCAAUUUUACAUGAUUGGCCCCACAUGGAUGCUGCCAGAGUAUGAACCACUCCUAGAUUCGGGGUCGCUCAAGGAGGCUAUGGCAACAGACAUACCCGGAGUGACGAGUGGGUACCUCUAUAUAAGUCCCGUGCCAGAUAAACGCACAUACACCAGACUACACAAAGAAGACUGCGACUUCGCAUCCGUCAAUCUAGUACUGGCUGGCGCACCCAAGGUCUGGCUAUCCAUCGAACCGGCGCACAAUACAAGAUUGAAGUUACAGCUACGCCGACACUUCCCAGAGUUGAGGAACAAGAAAUGUUCAAAUACCGUGAGCCACCUCAACAGCGUGAUUCCUACCGGCCUGCUCGACAAGUGGAAGAUCAAUUACCGCAUUCAAGUUUGUCGGCCAGGAGAGCUCGUUUUUACCAUGCCUGGAACCUACCACCAAAUUGUCAAUCUUGGACGCAAUGUGGCAGAGUCUAUCAAUCUCAUGUUUCCUGGUAUGAAUCCUCCAUCAAUACAUUACUUGUACUGUAACGAGAAGAGGUGCAAUACCGCGGAAGCCAUCGACGGGUCUUAUUUUGUGCGCGAAGGCGAUACUGAGCAAGGAUCCUUGCAUGGUACGAAAAGGCAGAUAGUCGAGGGGGAAGAUCGAAAUCCUAAAAAACAUAAAAGAUAGCCCAAUCAGCAAUUUGAAGGUCACGAUGACUAGGUAAAUGCAAGGCUGAACUUUGAUGUGUCUUCGGGGUUGCUGUGAUAGCUUUAGAUGAAUUGACACACUUAAAAAUGCUGAUUGAGAACCAACAACAGGAUAGAAUAUAAUU